AUGGCUAACAAAGAGAUCAAUUUUUUCAAGGGACACCCAAGCUCGAGGCUGCUGCCUCGAGAUGAGGUGGUUCGGGCGACCGCGGCCGUGCUGGGUCCGGAGACCCGAGAGUACGAUAACGACCCCUAUAAUAGGCAUCCGCUGACGUACGGGUCGGACGAAGGUGCUCUGUGGGUGCGGGAGCAGAUCUGCGGGUUCUUGAAUGACCAGGUGUUCAAGUUUGAGGGCGGGGCCCCCGCCAGGACGCAGCCAGACUACUUGAAUCUGGAUAACGGCGCCUCGUACGGCAUGCUGAACAUUCUUUUACAGACGACGUUGCCGCACAACGGGUAUACCAGGCAGGCGUUCAUCAUCACCCCGACGUACUUCUUGAUCAACGACUGCUUCACGGAUGCCGGGUUCAACGGCAAGCUGACCGCGAUCAACGAGAAGGGCCACGACUCGAUCGAUUUCGAGUCGUUGCUGGCCGCGCUGGACCACCACGAGGCGGCUGCCGAGGCCAGUGGCGGCUCGACCGCGAUCAUCCAGGGCUCGAAGCUCACCAAGAAGAUCUACAAGUACGUCAUGUACUGCAUUCCAACGUUUGCGAACCCGACGGGCAACACGUACUCGUCCGAGACCAGACACAGACUCAUCGACAUUGCCCGGAAGUACGACAUGCUGGUCAUCACCGAUGACGUGUACGACAUCCUGGACUAUACCACGCCCGCCGACCAACUGCCCUCGCCACCUCUGAGAAUGGUGCAUCUCGACAGGGUCACGGCGGCUCCGGGCGAGGACUCGUUCGGUAACACGGUCUCCAACGCGACGUUUUCCAAGCUGAUUGCGCCCGGGCUCAGGUUCGGCUACCACGAGUCGAUCAACGCGAACCUUGCCAGACAGUUGUCUAAGGGUGGCGCCAACGUCUCCGGCGGUACGCCCUCACAGUUGAACUCGAUGAUCGUGGGCGAGCUGCUGCGUAGCGGUGCCGCCCAGAGAUGCAUCGCGUACUUAAGAUCUGUCUAUUCCGAGAGAGCCGCAGUGCUGACCGCGGCGCUCGAGAAGUACAUGCCGCCGGGCACGGAGAUCCCUCCCUUGAACGGCGGCUACUUCAGCUGGAUCACCUUGCCACCGGCCUACGAUGCCAAGGAAAUCGCCGGUGUUCUGGCGCAGAAGCACAACGUUAUCCUGGCCAGCGGCUCGAACUUCGAGGUCGUCGGCGACGAGAAGAACUGGGGCCAGUCCUCGUUCAGGCUGUCUAUCAGCUUCCUCGAGCCGGACCAGAUCGAAAAGGGCAUCGAGUUGUUCGGCGCCGUUUGCAAAGAUCAUGCCGUGGCCAAUAAUAUAGCUAUGUAA